AUCGAAGAAAUAUUACCUCAAACGAAUAAAUUCUUCGCUGAAGUCAGUGAAUAUUUAGCCAAAAUAAUUUCUUUUCUCUGUGCAAUAGCACAACCGAGAAAUCAGAGUAAUUGAGCUCGACACACACCUCGUUUGCGAAUGAAUAAAAAGGAGAUACAAGCAAUAAGGCAGCACAAGUGAGAUAAACAUAGGAAUUCAGUCGACAAUUACCGAGUCGUGGGGAUAGGGUACAGUGAACUGACUAGUUGUGCUCAUGCAGCUCUCAGUUGUAAUGCACUGGUCCAGAUGCAAUAACAACUUUCGACUUGAUCACGUCAACCGGUAGAAUCAGUGCUCAAUCAUUGAUCAAUAUUCAUUGAUUUGUUGAUUCUCAAAGUGGAGAUUCGACUAUGUAUCCUAGAAAACGUGUCAUCGAUUUACUACAAGUGAUUUCAUCCCAAUCAUGCAAAUGUCCAGCUCAUGCCAAUCCAGAUUUCGCUGCGAUGAGUGACGUCAGUAAUAACGUUCCCUCGAAAGAAUAUGCAUUUGAGAUGGCGUGUUCCAGCGUUCGCUUUGGCGUGGGAGUAACAAGAGAACUAGGAAUGGAUAUACUAAAUUUGAACAGCAAAAGGGUCUGUCUAAUGACAGACCCAAAUCUCGUGACUCUUUCUCCUGUGAAAGCUGCGGUGGACAGCUUGACGAAAUAUGGAGUAGAUUUCGAUAUUUAUGAUAGAGUUAGAGUGGAGCCAACUGAAGCGAGUCUUCAGGAUUCCAUUGAAUUUGCCAAGAAGGGAAAUUACGACGUAUUCGUAGCUGUAGGCGGAGGCUCAGUAAUGGACACCUGCAAAGCAGCAAAUCUCUACUCAUCUGAUCCUCAAGCCGAGUUCCUGGACUAUGUAAACGCCCCAAUAGGUAAAUCCAAACCAGUCCUGGUGAAUCUGAAGCCUCUCAUAGCUGUACCCACAACAUCAGGAACCGGUUCAGAGACAACAGGUGUUGCAAUAUUCGAUUAUCGACCUCUGAAGGCAAAAACUGGGAUUGCCAAUCGAGCACUGAGGCCGACUCUGGGGUUGAUCGAUCCAGAACACACGCUGAGUCUUCCUGAAAGGGUCUGCGCAUAUUCUGGGUUUGAUGUCUUGUGCCAUGCACUGGAGUCCUUCACGGCGAUCCCAUACACUGAGAGAACCCCCUGUCCCCCGAAUCCCAUAUUGCGACCUGCUUAUCAGGGGAGCAACCCUGUGAGUGACGUAUGGGCCCGUUUUGCACUGGGUGUCAUGAGGAAGUACUUCCAGAGGGCUGUUUAUCAUCCUGAUGACCUCGAGGCAAGAAGCAACAUGCACUUGGCCAGCACAAUGGCUGGAGUCGGAUUUGGUAAUGCUGGGGUACAUCUGUGUCAUGGGUUGUCUUAUCCCAUCAGUGGAAAUGCCCCCAAGGGAUUUCAUCCUGAGGGCUACAGUGCUGAUCAUCCCAUAGUUCCUCAUGGCCUGUCUGUAGUGAUCUCAGCACCAGCAGUAUUUUCAUUCACAGCCCCAGCGUGUCCAGAUAGACAUAUUGAGGCUGCUGAAUUACUCGGUGCCAAUGUUAAAACUGUCAAACGUGCGGAUGCUGGAAAAAUUCUCGCUGACACUGUCAGAAAUUUCAUGAGUGCCAUGAAAAUUGAAAAUGGCCUUGGAAAAAUUGGAUUUAAGAAAGACGACAUUCCGAUACUUGUCAAUGGCACAUUACCACAGCAUCGAAUUACAAAACUAGCGCCCAGGGAACAGAGCGAAGAGGAUCUUGCGAAAUUAUUCGAAAAUUCCUUUGAAAUUUAUUAGUUAUAAAUAUUCCCAUGUAAAUUAAAAUACUCAAUAAACAGAAUUCUCAAAGGCAAUUGUUUUAUUAUGACAAUUGAAAAUUGACACAUUAUCAAUUAAUACAUGACUGUUCCUCGUUUCAAUCUUAUAAUUACAUAGUUACAUCGUUAGUUUAUGAUAAGUUAAAUAACAGAUAAUUAUCACAGACAAUUUUCCUUUCGUCGUUUCGCUCUUUUUUGUUUAAAAGUGUCACACGUAGUAUUUACAAUUAAAAUUCGAUUAUUUAAUUAAUGUCCAUUAAACAAUACAGUAAUUCGCGAGCUAAAAAG